AUGGAGAAUGAUGAAGAUCCCUUUGCGUGCGGCUCGACUCUAGCGAGGACGCCCCGCCAAGAGAGGGAAGGGGAUGAAGCAGAGGCCUUCAGGAGGAGCGGCAAGGUCUCCCGAACGCCCACAGCGCUGGAAGCCCUAGAAGAUGGGCGGAGCCCUGGGCCAAGCUCAACGCCGCCCCCCAAGAGGACGCGGGAUCCUGCGAGCCCGACCAGCUCGCAAAGAACUACGCCGGCCAAGAAGAGUAAGGCGUCAGAGGAGGCAGCCAGCCUGCAGGACCUCCAGGAGCUGGGAAAGCUGCUGCAGGAAGUCUCCACGAAGAUGAUGGACAAGACGACGCGCCACAUCACCGUCUCCACGAGGGAGCUGUUUGCCAAAAUGAAGGCGCUACAUGCGAGCAUUCUGGCGGCGAGCAGAGCGGCAGCCGCGGGUUCCAAAGAAAGGCAGGAGUGCGACGUCGGGACCAGUCUGUGCCCAAAAUGCGCCCAGAGCACAUGCAGCGCCGACAAGGAGCAGCAGACAAAGACCGUCGGGAAAAAGGAGGCUACAGCCCAAACAGAGCCCUGGCGUAGGCUUAGCCAGCCAAACUGGCCGGAACUACCCGCGCCUGUGCCUGCCCCUAAACCAGCCGGCGCAACCCAGCAGGGAAGCGAGAAGGGGCCCAGAAAUCCCCGGAAAAAGACACAAGGAGCCCACUCAGAGUCCGCGGAGGCACACACCGCCACCCGGAUCCUCGAGAACACCGCAAAGCCCACCGGUGAAUGGAGGGUAGUCGCCAAGAAGCCGAGGGCAGCGCGCCGUGGACGACCCGAUGCUGUCAUCGUGCAAGCAAACGGCAAGUCUUACAGCGAGGUACUAGCUAUGGUGACCAGGAGGGACGACAAGCAGUUGUCGGACCUGGGCGCCUGCGUCUCAAAGGUUCGGCGCACCAACAACGGCAACCUGCUCCUAGAGGUGGCUAAAGGGAGUGUUGAGAGCGCCGAGGAGAUGAAGGAGAGCAUCGAGAGGGUGCUCGGUGACUCCGCGACUGUGCGUGCGUCGACGGAGGACACGAAAGUGCUGGUUCUGGAGGUACGGAACAUCGACUCUAUCACCUCGAAGAAGGAGGUCUGCGCCGCUAUUGCCGGCCAGUUCAACUUCGAGGCAGAACGGGUGAGAGUCCGGAGCAUGCGCAGUGGCCGCUCAGAAACGCAGCUGGCGGUGGUCAGCCUGCCCGUCCCAUUGGGCAAGGCAGUCCUUCAGCGCGGAGAGGUGCGGAUCGGAUGGUCAACCUGUAGGAUCCGCGAAAGAACCGGCCCACCGAGGUGCUUCAGGUGCCUGGAAACCGGGCACAUUGCGAUCCACUGCAAGAACCCGGUGGAUAGGAGUGCCUGUUGCUUCAAAUGCGGAGAGAUGGGACACAAGGCGGCCGAUUGUUCCAAGGAGCCAUCGUGUUUCCUAGCGGCGCAGGACCUGCUUCUGCAGACGGUGAGCGAGGUAGCGGCGGACGUCGCUAUACUUAGCGAACCAUACAAGGCGAGGGAGGGAGGAGCAUGGGCGAAGGACCGCUCCGGCAAGGCGGCCCUUUGGCUCUGUGGCGGCGGACAGCGGCGGAUGUCCAACAUCCUUUCAGCCGAUGGAUUUGUGCGGGCGGAUAUCAGUGGCUUUUGCAUUUACAGCUGCUACUUGGCCCCCAGUCUCCCGCUGGAUGCAUUCAGCAGGAUCCUGGACAACCUAUGCAGCGACAUGCGUGGCAGGGCCAAGGUUGUAGUCGGAGGCGAUUUCAACGCCUGGGCCCUCGAGUGGGGAUCCGUCUCCACUAACGCCAGGGGACGCGCGGUGCUGGAGGCAUUUGCCUCGACGGACGUGGUCCUCCUAAACGACGGGAUGAGGCACACAUUUGCCAGAGCAGGAGCCGCCUCAAUAAUCGACCUGACCUUUGUGAGCAGCGCAAUUUCCCAGGACGCCAGCUGGGGGGUCAGCGACGCUUACACCGGGAGCGACCACGAGGCGAUCCUAUGCACCGUGGGUGCGCCGGAGGGGACCACCCGCACACGGCUGCGGCCCAGGAAAGCCUACCGGCCGGACACGCUGCGCACCCAGGCAUUCGCCAACGCGCUGGACGGCAUGUCAGCCGAGGCGCUGGGUGAAGCCAACGAGGCUGCAAACCAGAUCGCAGCAGCCCUGGAGCACGCCUGCGACCAGAGCAUGCGGCUGAGAGGGACAUGUCGGAGGAAUCAAAGGCCAACAUUCUGGUGGAGCGAAGAGAUAGCCGAUCUCCGGGCAAAGUGCCUCCAUGCUCGGAGGCAAAUGACCCGGGCACGUGGCUCCUCUCGACUGGUCGAGUGCUGCGAAGCCUACAAGUCGGCCAGGAGGGCCCUAAAACUGGCCAUAAGAGAAGCAAAGAGAGAGUGCUUUCUGCGGCUCUGCGACGAGGCGGAAAACGACCCCUGGGGCGGUGCCUACAGAUUGGUGGUCAAGGGGCUAAAAGCAGGCAGCACGGCUCCUUCGGACCCGGAAGCCCUGGACUCCAUAGUGCAGGCACUGUUCCCGAGGGGAGCCCCGGUGGUGAUGACGCAGCCCAGUGCGGAGCGCCACCCCAUCGUCGACUGUGAGGUCUCCGAGGACGAGGUGAUCCGGACGGGAAGGAGCGUUCGCACCAAAAAGGCGCCUGGGCCGGACGCAGUACCCAACAGGGCCCUGAAGUUGGCUAUCGCGCUUCACCCAAAGGAGUUCGCCACCCUAUACGCCAGAUGCCUCCAGGAGGGUACUUUUCCGGAGAGAUGGAAGAGGCAAAAGCUCCUGCUGCUGGCUAAGCCAGGCAAACCGCCUGGGGAGCCAUCCUCCUACAGGCCUAUCUGCCUUACCGACACCACUGGCAAGGUGUUCGAGAAGGUGAUAGCAGCAAGGCUGAAUGCCGCCAUCGAGAGGGCAGGGGGGUCUCUCUCCUAG